AUGAAGAAAGCAAAGCUUGGUAAAACACACACACCUUCUGCAGAUGUUGCUCCACAGGAUGCUGAACUUGAAGAAGAUAUCGAUGGCAUUGAUGUUCUGGAGGUAGAUGUUAAAGUCGAAGGUGAGGAAGGUAACAUUACAAUGGAAAGAGAAAGAUGGUCUAAGGUAUGGAAAUUUUUUCAAAGACUUCCAAUUGGUUCUGAUGGAAGGGAAAGGGCACAAUGUAGCUUGAGAAAUCACAUAAACAAGUGUCCUAGAAGGGAUGAAAAGGACUUAGUUAGGGAAAUAUUUCAGUACCUAAAUAAAAAUGUGACCACCAUUACCAGAAACACUGCAAAAUCAGAUGUCAAGAACUUAUUUAAGAGAGAAAAAGUGAGACUUAAGAAUCUGUUAGAAUUGCAUCAAGGUAGAGUUUCAUUAACUUCAGAUUUAUGGACUUCAAUUAACACAGAUGGUUUCUUGUGUGUUACGUGUCACUUCAUUGACAAGGAGUGGAAAUUGCAAAAGAGAAUUUUGAUCUUUCAGUAUAUGCUACCUCCACAUAAUGGGGUAUGUUUAACUGAAAAGAUAUCUUCUUUGAUAUCUGAAUGGGGGAUCGAAAAAAAAUUAUUCACUAUCACGUUAGAUAAUGCUUCAAGUAAUGAUACAUUUGUCAAUUUACUAAAGGGUCAUUUAUGUAAUGAAGGUGCACUUCGCAGCAACGGAGAUUAUUUUCAUAUUCGAUGUUGUGCUCAUGUGUUAAAUUUAGUUGUGCAAGAUGGGUUGAAAGCUAUUGAUGAAGGGAUUGUUAAAUUGCGAGAAUCUGUUAAGUACAUAAAGGGUUCCCAAGUAAGGAAAGGAAGGUUUAUUGAUUGUGUAAAAUAUGUUAAUUUGAAUCCAAAAAAGGGUUUGCAGCAAGAUGUUCCUACGAGAUGGAAUGCUACUUAUCUUAUGAUUGAAAGUGCUAUAUUCUAUUGUCGUGCUUUUUUUCAUUUAGAAUUGAGUGAUUCUAGUUAUUUGGAUUGUCCAAGUAAUGAUGAGUGGAAUAAGUUAGAGAAGAUUUUCAGAUUUUUAGAGUAUGUUGAGUUUACUUACAAAAAACUCUAUGGUAACAGUUUUGCUGUCCACAGUGAUCGUAUACGGGAGAAGCUACAUGAUCUUUUUAGUGAGUAUAUUAGUGAUUAUAGUACUGAACCACCUGUGAAUUGUAGAUCAUCAGCAACAUCAACAUGUGAUACAAGUAAAGUUGUGCACAAAAAGAAAAGUGACACAUUGCUAAGUAAGAGCACACAAGACAUGUUAAAAGAGUUCAAGGAUUACGAAAGUAAAGAGUUUGCUUUGUCUCAAAAAUCACAAUUGGAGAUGUACUUAGAUGAGCCAAGAAGUGACAUAUGUGAAGAUUUGGAUGUUCUUUCUUUUUGGAAAGCCCAUCAAUAUCGUUAUCCGGAACUUACUUCCAUGGCUCGAGAUAUUUUGAGCAUUCUGGUCUCCACCGUAGCAUCCGAAUCUGCCUUUAGUAAUGGUGGUCGUGUACUUGAUCAAUAUUGA